AUGCAUACCUCGGAAACCAAGGAUGUAGACAUUGUGCCGCAUCACCAGAUAACUAAUCCAACCAAGGACCCCUAUGGCCCUUUUAUGGAUCUCGUUGCUACCACCGAGGUAGCCGCCAGAGACCCUGCUGGACCUUCAAGACCAACGAGCUUUUUCCGCGGAGUUCAAUGGACUGCCGACGGCACGACCCUCGUCGCUUCUACCUCAAACAACCGGUUGUCGGCCUAUGUCUUGCCGGCUGACCUACUCGAUCCGAACGGCCGGCCCCGGACGUUGAAGCCGCAGGGCCAGUUGCAGCUCCCGGAGCCCUUCUACUCGGCAGCCGUGUCACCCUACUUUUCGCUGUCUGAGCCGCAAACCCAACUCGCCUUGCUCGCUUGCAAAGACCACCCCAUUCAGUUGUAUCAUGUCUUCUCAGAGUCCCAGUCUUCCCCUCCACUCUGCUCCUACAAGCUGAUUCGGCGGGAGACGGAGGAGUACAUCUGUCCUGAGUCGCUCCUGUGGUCUUGGCCUGGGACCCAUUUCCUGGCCGGCUCGACAAACCGACUCGACCACUUCGACGUGUCGAGACCCGGUUCUGAUGGCCCCGUCUUGACCAUCCCCACCAUUCCCUCCAAGCGCCACCUCCUCAAGGGCGGCGGCGUCGGUAUGAAGGGAAUGGUUUCCACCUUGUCAAGUCAGUGUCCAGACGAGUCUGGGGCCUCCAUCGUGGCCGCGGGCACUUGGUCCCGUUGGAUGGGCCUCUACGACGUGACGCGCACGAACAAGCCCGUGGCAAACUGGAGUAUUCAUGGCGUUACCAAGGCUCACUUUGGCCGAGAUGUUGGAGGUAACGGCAUUGUUCAAACCAUUUGGAGUCCAUGCGGCCGUUAUCUGGCUAUCAACGAGCGCCAGGCAAAUGGCAUCCUAGUUUACGAUGUACGGGGUACAGGCCAACCCCUGAACCUGCUUGUUGGCAGAACCACAACCACACAGCAAAGGCUAACGUGUGAUGUGUUCCCCGGGAGCGGAGAUUCACCUGCCGGGUUCGAACUCUGGGCUGGCACAGAGACUGGGACUGUUCUCGUGUACGAGGACGUCGGCGCCAAAGACGGUAUUUCGGACAAGUCAUGGGACUGGGCCGCCCAUUCUUCACCCGUAGGCAGCGCUGGUGUCCACCCCACCGGCUCUGUGGUCGCAACUUGCUCUGGCGCGUGGACCAGCCAUGCGGAUCGCGAACUGGACAAUGAGCUCGGCUCUACAGAUGGCAACGGCCAUCCUCGCCUGGCAUCGACACGCAUCACCCCCGAUUCUUCCCUCAAAGUCUGGACACUCGCAGCGAAUACCGCAGACCCCUCGGCCCAUGACCCCCAAUGCGCUUGA